UAAUGUGAUUUUUCUAUUUUAAUUUUACUGACCAUGUGACAUUGAGGAAGGUCAUUUAAUUUCUCUGAGCCUCAAUUUUGGGGUAUGUACAACCACAAUAAGGUAUAUCUUCCCUUGCCUACCUUCUAAGGUUGUAGGGAGGAUCAAAUUUGACAAUGAACAUGAAAAUACUUUGCAAUUUGCCCCUUAUUAUGACAUUGUUUUAUGACAUUAUAUUGUUGAUUUUUCAUAUAAUGAAAUCACCACUAAGAAGUAAAAUAUUUGGACAUCACUACAAUUGAUUAGGACAGUAUGCCUAUUGCUGAAAGUGCUGUAUUCUGAUUUAUGGAGCAAAAUAUUUAAAAAUCAAGCAAGCUACUAAAAAGUGUAAAUAUAGGAAUUAGCCCCGUAGUAUUUGUUUUUUCUGUCCCACUAGAUGCUGUAGAGUAUUAUAUGUGUGCAUGCGUGUGUGUGUGUGUGUAUAUAACUAGGACUGUCCUAAAAGAUGCUACAUAACCCUCACAAACUUUGGGUUCACUUACAUUCCUCUUAGCAGAGUAGUCACAAUAUAAUGAGCGAGGGUAGGUGACCCCAGAGUUCAAAGUCCUCGUGCAAUCAGAGAACAGAACUCACAAAAAACAAGCCCAAAUAGACAUACUGCAUUGACUAACGGCCUCACUUGAUGAGGCAUCAGUUUAACUUUAAACCCUGAGCUCGUGAGAGCAGGGGAGAGAAGGCGAUGUCUCCAAAUGCAGGAAGCUGUUGCCAUAGCAUUUUCCUUCCCUAUUCCUGCCUACGCCUCCUCCCCCAAAGCAGCAACAAUUUGUGCUCCACCGUUUUCCUUCAGGAGCUAGAAGCAUUUUCAGAAGCCAGGACUCCAGUGGUGUGAUGUCUUCACCACCUAAUCACUGUACUGGUAGGGAUAUUGAAUAAGUCGGAGGGUGCUAUUAAGUUUCUCAGGAUAGAAUCAUCUUUGCGGAUGCAAUUGCAGCGCAGGAAACAGACUCAGGGAGAAUUUUAGCCUUCCCAAAUUUCAUUGGAGCUCUGCACAAGCCCAGCCACAAUCACUCCAGCAAUACAACCGAAUCCUUUCAGCACUCGCAGCCGUGGACAGCUCCCUCGCCACGCGGUCCUUUCCUCUGCAGUGAACACAUUAGCGUUCACCCUGCCCGGGUCGGUGCGGUACUCCAUCCACACCAAGUCCGCCAGUGCGUACGGAACGCGUGCUCCCUCCCUCCUCCCUCUCGGUGCCCCCGCCCCUCGCUCACUCCGGCUCACUCCAGCGGCGACUUUGAGGGAUUCCCUCUCGGGCGGCCUCUGCAGCAGCACCACUGGCCUUAUUCGCUGCUCCGCGAGGAUGGAUCUCCGAGGAAGAGCCGUUCUCGGCAUGAAUAGACUUCGAGUUCUUCUGAUGCUCUUCCAUACAAUGGCUCGAAUCAUGGCAGAACAAGAAGUGGAGAAUCUCUCAGGCCUCUCCACUAACCCUGAAAAAGAUAUAUUUGUGGUGCGGGAAAAUGGGACGACGUGUCUCAUGGCAGAGUUUGCAGCCAAAUUUAUUGUCCCUUAUGAUGUGUGGGCCAGCAAUUAUGUAGAUCUAAUCACGGAACAGGCUGAUAUCUCACUGACCCGGGGAGCUGAGGUGAAGGGCCACUGUGGCCACAACGAGUCGGAGCUGCAGGUGUUCUGGGUGGAUCGCGCGUACGCGCUCAAAAUGCUGUUUGUAAAGGAAAGUCACAACACAUCCAAGGGACCCGAGGCGACGUGGAGGCUGAGCAAGGUCCAGUUUGUCUAUGACUCCUCGGAGAAGACCCAUUUUAAAGACGCGGUCAGUGCCGGGAAGCACACAGCCAACUCGCAUCAUCUAUCUGCCUUGGUCACCCCAGCUGGAAAGUCCUAUGAAUGUCAAGCUCAGCAGACCAUUUCACUAGCCUCCAGUGAUCCGCAGAAGACAGUCACCAUGAUCCUGUCUGCGGUCCACAUCCAGCCCUUUGACAUCAUCUCUGAUUUUGUCUUCAGUGAAGAGCAUAAAUGCCCAGUGGAUGAGCGGGAGCAGUUGGAGGAAACCUUGCCCCUGAUAUUGGGGCUCAUCUUGGGCCUCGUCAUUGUGGUAACGCUGGUGAUUUACCAUCUCCACCACAAAAUGACUGCCAACCAGGUCCAGAUCCCUAGGGACCGAUCCCAAUAUAAGCACAUGGGCUAGAAACUAUUAGGCAGACAGACCCCAGCCCCCCUCCACUGGCUGGAUCAGG